AUGGCGGUGUGGAGCUGGUGUCUGAGAGCCGUUUUCAUUUGGAUGAAAGUGGUUUCUCAGUGUGGUUUUCCAUCCAGGACACUGACGAGAGGAAAGACGCAGAAGCUGAACGUCCCGUCGGGGUUCUCCGUCACGUCUCCAGAGAAGAGGUCGUGGGUCAUCAGCCCGUUCGGGGAUAAGAAGCCCUUCCCGCCCUGGAUGAUGGGCGCCUCGGUGGUGCCCGCUCUGCUCGUCUUCAUCCUCAUCUUCAUGGAGACGCAGAUCACAUCUCUGAUCGUGAGUAAGAAAGAGCGGCGUCUGGUCAAAGGCUCUGGGUUCCACCUGGACCUCCUGCUCAUCGUGGUCCUGGGCGCCGUGUGUCCUCUGUUCGGUCUGCCCUGGCUCACCGCCGCCACGGUCAGAUCUGUCACUCACGUCAACGCCCUGACCGUCAUGAGCAAAGCCACGGCACCAGGAGAGAAACCAGUUAUCCAGGAAGUGAAGGAGCAGAGGGUCACCGGCAUGCUGGUGUCUGUCAUCGUGGGAGGGGACCAAGAGGGACCAGGAGGGGACCAGGAGGGGACCAGGAGGGACCAGGAGGGACCAGGAGGGACCAGGAAGGACCAGGAGGGGACCAGGAGGGGACCAAGAGGGACCAGGAGGGACCAGGAGGGGACCAAGAGGGACCAGGAGGGGACCAGGAGGACCAGGAGGGACCAGGAGGGACCAGGAGGGACCAGGAGGGACCAGGAAGGACCAGGAGGGGACCAGGAGGGGACCAGGAGGGGACCAAGAGGGACCAGGAGGGACCAGGAGGGGACCAAGAGGGACCAGGAGGGGACCAGGAGGGACCAGGAGGGACCAGGAGGGGACCAGGAGGGGACCAAGAGGGACCAGGAGGGACCAGGAGGGGACCGGGAGGGACCAGGAGGGACCAGGAGGGGACCAGGAGGGACCAGGAGGGGACCAGGGGGGGACCAGGAGGGGACCAGGAGGGGACCAGGAGGGGACCAGCAGGGACCAGGAGGGGACCAGGAGGGGACCAGGAGGGGACCAAGAGGGACCAGGAGGGACCAGGAGGGACCAGGAGGGGACCAGGAGGGACCAGGAGGGACCAGGAGGGGACCAGGAGGGGACCAAGGGGACCAGGAGGGGACCAGGAGGGGACCGGGAGGGACCAGGAGGGACCAGGAGGGGACCAGGAGGGACCAGGAGGGACCAGGAGGGGACCAGGAGGGGACCAAGAGGGACCAGGAGGGGACCAGGAGGGGACCAGGAGGGACCAGGGGGGGACCGGGAGGGACCAGGAGGGACCAGGAGGGGACCAGGAGGGACCAGGAGGGGACCAAGAGGGACCAGGAGGGGACCAGGAGGGGACCAAGAGGGACCAGGAGGGGACCGGGAGGGGACAAGGAGGGGACCAAGAGGGACCAGGAGGGGACCAAGAGGGACCAGGAGGGGACCGGGAGGGGACAAGGAGGGGACCAAGAGGGACCAGGAGGGACCAGGAGGGGACCAAGAGGGACCAGGAGGGGACCAGGAGGGACCAGGAGGGACCAAGAGGGGACCGGGAGGGACCAGGAGGGACCAGGAGGGGACCAGGAGGGGACCAGGAGGGACCAGGAGGGACCAGGAGGGGACCAAGAGGGACCAGGAGGGGACCAAGAGGGACCAGGAGGGGACCAGGAGGGACCAGGAGGGGACCAGGAGGGGACCAGGAGGGGACCAAGAGGGACCAGGAGGGACCAGGAGGGGACCGGGAGGGACCAGGAGGGACCAAGAGGGACCAAGAGGGACCAGGAGGGGACCAGGAGGGGACCAGGAGGGGACCAAGAGGGACCAGGAGGGGACCAGGAGGGGACCGGGAGGGGACAAGGAGGGGACCAGGAGGGGACCAAGAGGGACCAGGAGGGGACCGGGGGACAGGGACAGGGAGGGGACCAAGGAGGGGACCAAGAGGGACCAGGAGGGACCAGGAGGGGACCAAGGGGGACCAGGAGGGGACCAGGAGGGACCAGGAGGGGACCAGGGAGGGGACCAAGAGGGACCAGGAGGGACCAGGAGGGGACCAAGAGGGACCAGGAGGGGACCAAGAGGGACCAGGAGGGACCAGGAGGGACCAGGAGGGACCAGGAGGGGACCAGGAGGGGACCAGGAGGGGACCAGGAGGGACCAAGAGGGACCAGGAGGGACCGGGAGGGACCAGGAGGGACCAGGAGGGGACCAGGAGGGACCAGGAGGGGACCAAGGGACCAAGGGACCAGGAGGGGACCAGGAGGGACCAGGAGGGGACCAGGAGGGACCAGGAGGGGACCAGGAGGGGACCAGGAGGGACCAGGAGGGGACCAGGAGGGGACCAGGAGGGGACCAGGAGGGACCAGGAGGGACCAGGAGGGGACCAGGAGGGACCAGGAGGGGACCAAGAGGGACCAGGAGGGGACCAGGAGGGACCAGGAGGGACCAGGAGGGGACCAGGAGGGGACCAGGAGGGGACCAAGAGGGACCAGGAGGGGACCAGGAGGGGACCAAGAGGGACCAGGAGGGGACCAGGAGGGGACCGGGAGGGACCAGGAGGGGACCGGGAGGGACCAGGAGGGACCAGGAGGAGGACCAGGAGGGGACCAGGAGGGGACCAAGAGGGACCAGGAGGGGACCAGGAGGGGACCAGGAGGGGACCAGGAGGGACCAGGAGGGGACCAGGAGGGGACCAGGAGGGACCAGGAGGGGACCAAGAGGGACCAGGAGGGGACCAGGAGGGGACCGGGAGGGACCAGGAGGGACCAGGAGGGACCCGGAGGGGACCAGGAGGGGACCAAGAGGGACCAGGAGGGGACCAGGAGGGGACCAGGAGGGACCAGGAGGGGACCAGGAGGGACCAGGAGGGGACCAGGAGGGGACCAGGAGGGGACCAAGAGGGACCAGGAGGGGACCGGGAGGGGACCGGGAGGGACCAGGAGGGGACCAGGAGGGACCAGGAGGGGACCAGGAGGGGACCAGGAGGGACCAGGAGGGGACCAGGAGGGGACCAAGAGGGACCAGGAGGGGACCAGGAGGGGACCAGGAGGGACCAGGAGGGGACCAGGAGGGACCAGGAGGGGACCAGGAGGGGACCAGGAGGGACCAGGAGGACCAGGAGGGACCAGGAGGGACCAGGAGGGGACCGGAGGGACCAGGAGGGACCAGGAGGGACCAGGAGGGGACCAGGAGGGGACCAGAGGGACCAGGAGGGGACCAGGAGGGGACCAGGAGGGGACCAGGAGGGACCAGGAGGGACCAGGAGGGGACCGGGAGGGACCAGGAGGGACCAGGAGGGGACCAGGAGGGGACCAGGAGGGGACCAGGAGGGGACCAGGAGGGACCAGGAGGGGACCAGGAGGGGACCAGGAGGGACCAGGAGGGGACCAAGAGGGACCAGGAGGGGACCAGGAGGGGACCGGGAGGGACCAGGAGGGACCAGGAGGGACCAGGAGGGACCAGGAGGGGACCAGGAGGGGACCAAGAGGGACCAGGAGGGGACCAGGAGGGGACCAGGAGGGACCAGGAGGGGACCAGGAGGGACCAGGAGGGGACCAGGAGGGGACCAGGAGGGGACCAAGAGGGACCAGGAGGGGACCGGGAGGGGACCGGGAGGGACCAGGAGGGGACCAGGAGGGACCAGGAGGGACCAGGAGGGGACCGGGAGGGACCAGGAGGGGACCGGGAGGGACCAGGAGGGACCAGGAGGGACCAGGAGGGACCAGGAGGGGACCAGGAGGGACCAGGAGGGACCAGGAGGGACCAGGAGGGGACCAGGAGGGGACCAGGAGGGGACCAGGAGGGGACCGGGAGGGGACCAAGAGGGACCAGGAGGGACCAGGAGGGGACCAGGAGGGGACCGGGAGGGGACAAGGAGGGGACCAAGAGGGACCAGGAGGGGACCAGGGACCAGGAGGGGACCAGGGACCAGGAGGGGACCAAGGGGACCGGGAGGGACCAGGAGGGGACCGGGAGGGACCAGGAGGGACCAGGAGGGGACCGGGAGGGACCAGGAGGGACCAGGAGGGGACCAGGAGGGGACCAGGAGGGGACCGGGAGGGGACCAGGAGGGGACCAGGAGGGACCAAGAGGGGACCAGGAGGGGACCAAUAG